AUGCAACAACUUGAAUUUGAUGAGGUUUUGCCUCUUGAGAAAAGAUUAUUAGUUAACUAUUCAGAAAAAAAAACAUCAUCUCAAUCAACUGAAUUCCCAGUUAAACCUAUAAUUAAACGUCCUGAACCAACUCCUCUUUUUAAACGACUAGAAUCUUUUUUACCGCAAAUACGUGAAUUAAAUCAAGAAUUAAUACAAAAGAAACAAAAGAAUCAACUGAUUAUAGAAAAAAAUUAAUAUUUGAAAAAAAAAAG